UUAGAGCAACUUCCAGUAAAGGAAACUAAAACUUGAGAGAACUAGAGAGCUAUAGGCUUGUGCUGCAUGCAUCUAAGUGUGUGCGUGUGAAUGACUUGGAACAUUUAAUUUUCCAUCAUGAGUCUCAAAUCUAGCAGGAGAUUCUCACUGGACAGCUCAGUCUCUCUGGACGGAGUUGGAGGCCUUACUUUAAGAAGAAGCAGCAGGUUUGGCACCAAGAAAAGUCGACAGUCUCUGAGCGAUGCCCGACUGGAGCUGCAGGAGUUCAGUCAGAGCCUGGACACCAACAUCAGGGAACAGACCAUAACAGAGGAGAGCCUUGAGCGAUCAAGUGAACUUAUCAACAAUCAGAGCUUCCUGAAGCGCAAUAAAAGCUUUCACAAGCUGUUCCAACAGAUUCCUGAGGGGGAGAACCUGACGCAUAUGUUCAUCUGUGCCUUGCAGAAGGAGGUGCUGUAUCAUGGCAAGCUCUUUCUUUCUGAGAACCAUGUGUGUUUCCACUCGUCCGUGUUGCUCAAAGACACCAAGGUGGUGAUUCCUGCGUCCAGUGUCAGGCAUGUGAAGAAACAUAACUCUGCUUUGUCUGUGUUGUCUAUCCAAACUGCUGAAGGAGAGAAGUACUCAUUUGUUUCCUUGAGGAACCGUGAGGUGUGCUACCGUCUCCUCCAAAGUAUCUGCUCAAAUGCACAGCACCGGGGGAGUCCAAACAGCAGCCCUCAUCUCUCCUCUGGAGAGAACGAAGCCGAUAAUGACAUGGUCUCAAGUCAGUCCAGCUUUGAGGACAGCAUUGAUAAUGAUCUGACCAGACAAAACAGCAUUAAUCUUGACAACGGCUUCCCUCUGUUUUCCAGUGAAGGUCCCUCAGGAUGCAGCUCCACUCGUCAGAGCAGCUUAAUAGAUGAAGAUGACAGAGCUGACUCAUGGGUUGGGUGGGUCAUUGAGAUGGUCGCGCCGUUCUUGGUCCUCCGAGAAAUAAGGAAUCUCAGCGUUCUCUUCUACAUCUACAUGAUGCUAAUUGUGUUGCUGCUGUUGGCGUCUGGGUACAUCGGGCUACGGAUCACAGCACUGGAGGAGCAGCUGAACUCUUUGGGAGCCCUGGCUGAGCUGUCUUUUAACCACAGAGAGUACCAGGAAACGUAGCCAGUGGCAGAGAAUUGUGACAAAAAUCCUUUCAGGAACUCAUGCAAUGUACCACUUUAUUAAGAUCCUACACUGAACCCUGUCUAGACAGACUCCCAAAAGCAUCUUACCACUGAGACUCUGUUCAUUUGACAUGUAGUACAAUAUGUUGCACAUAUUAGUUCAGUCACAGUAGUAAACCUCUGUAUUAGUGCAUGUCAUGCAUGUGAUGCGAGUCAGCAGUAAGAUGCUUUUGGGAUGUCUAAACCAGGCCACACAUGGUGAACUACAUGGAUGACCGACUGUGCUGGCAGAGAAUUUUCUGUUAGGCAUGCACUGAUUCUCUGCUGACAGAUCAAAAACUGAAGUCAGGCUCUCCUGCACUGAGCCAUAUGGAGACAUCCUGCUGAAGCCAUGUUUAUUUCCUGGCCAGUAAACAGCUGAGCUCAGCUUACAGAGGUUGCUGGAGUCUUGACCAUUAGUUUCUUGGAUCAACACAAUCUACAGCAGUGAGAACACAACAGGAUUGAUCUUAACAAGAAGAUGAAAGAAGCAUUUUGUUGUUGGUUGAUUUGAAAUUGAUUGUAUAUUUUGAAUUUGAGGUUUAAUUUUGUGUAAUUUAACUACUGGAGUCUAGUGUUAUAGAGAAGGACGGUUAAUGACAGAUAUUAGCCAGCAGGGGGCAGUCACUUCCAUUAAACCUGGUUUAUACAUGAGAUACCAAGACAGGAUUUCACUGCACCUGAAUAAGUUCAGGAACUGAAAUUUCCUCAGAAAAUAAAUGUUAUAAAAAUUUUGCAACUGACCUUAUGGUAUAUCAAUCAUGUUAAUCAAUACUGCAGAAUUAGAUAAAUACACAUCUUGGCCAAAUGAUUUCCAUGCCUUUAAAUCAGUUUUCUUCAGCAAACAUUUAGUUAAUUCUGUGUAUACUUGAAAAAUACGUAUGUGAUGUCAAAAUACCUGUGAAGGUAUAUAAGUGAUUGUAUGUAAGCUCUAAUAUUGUGUGAAUUCAAAAAAAUACACUGGCUAUGUUCAAAACUGA